AUGGCAGAUCCACGGACAGGCAGCAGGUGGAUCCUCGGCGACAAGUUUGAUCAAGUCUACCCGCAUCUCGGCUCCAUCGACAAUCUGUGGCUCAAGAAGUGGAAGUUCCCUUGUGAACGCAGCUUGUAUCCAUUCCAUGAUGGCAAAUACGAGGAUUUUGCUCCAAUCUUCGAAACACUCAUUCAGAAAGGUAUCCAUGAUGGGUACAGUGACGAGUACACGCGAGAGUUCAUACCAGCUUGUGAAGCGCUGGUGGCGAGCGCGGAAUCCAAAGCGGCGAGUGACGACACAGCCGCGGCCAUAGAGCUGUACUUGCGAGCGUGCGCUGUCUACCGCAUUGCUCGAUUCCCGUAUAUCAACUCCGGGAUCAAAACGCAAGCGUACGUGGCGCAGAAGAAAGCUUACAUCAAAGCGGCAGGCUUGUUCGACUGCCCGAUUGUCGACGUCGAAAUACCGCAUACGGCUGGUACCGCAGAGGACGAAGGCAAGACGAUCCCUCUCUACAUUCGCCUGCCGAAGCCAGCUUCGAAAGAAUGUCCCGUCCCAACGGUGCUGCUCAUGUGCGGACUAGAUGGUCACAGGCCGGACAAUACUGUUCGCUGCGACGAGUUCCUCGCUCGUGGCUGGGCGAGUGUUGUGGUUGACAUUCCCGGAACAGCCGACUGUCCGGCAGACCGUAGCGAUCCCGAAUCUGCCGACCGACUGUGGACCUCAAUUCUAGACUGGAUGCAAGCACAGCAGCAUUUCGACAUGAAGAAGGUCAUCUGUUGGGGCCUGUCGGCCGGGGGCUACAACGCCAUCCGCGCAGCGCACACUCAUGCAUCUCGCCUCCGAGGAGCCGUUGGACAAGGUGCUGGUACGCACCACUUCUUCUCACGGGCGUGGUUGGAGAAAGCCAAGGACCACGAAUACCCUUGGACUGCCUUACCAGCUCUCAAGGAGAAAUUCGGAUAUGCCACCGAGGAAGAUUUCCUCGAUCAAGCCCAGCAGAAGUGGAGUCUCAUUGAAACCGGAAUUGCAGAUCUGCCGAGUUGCAGACUUCUGCUGGUCAAUGGUACUCAUGAUGGAUUGAUGCCGAUCGAGGACAGCAUGAUCAUGAUGGAGUAUGGCACGCCGAAGGAGGCGCGGUUUUUCACCGGCAUGUUGCAUAUGGGAUACCCGCCGGCUAAUGGAGCUGUGUAUCCGUGGAUGGAGCAGGUUAUGAAUGGACUGUAAGGCGACUUGCUUCUGGCACUUACGUGGCCUCGACCGACGACAUCAUGAAACUACCCGUUGGAGAAAUAAUGUAGGCUAACAUUCGAGGCAAAUCUUGCCCUGCUUCGACAGUGCUUAUUUACUUUGACCGUCCACCCCGAGUCAGGCGAGCAUGCUGAGAACGGCAACCGCCAGGGCCAAAU